UAUCAUGUCAUAUAUACAUCAUAUGUAUCAUAUACCAAAACACCAAGUGACCUGUUGCCCAGGAGAACUUGAGGAAGGUGGCUACAACCAACAGUUGAAUCAUCUUCAUCCAAAGAAAAACAAAACAAAACAAAAAAAAAUCCCAAUUUUUCUUUGCCAGAAAUUAUUCGUAAGGAUCGUCUCCCCCGAAGUCCUUCUCCUGGGCUGACUGUGUCAGGCGGUUGUUUCGGUGCUCUAAUGUCUAUUAUUAUCAGUUGUACCUGACCAUAUAGUCGAUGGUGGGUCUCAUAAAUAUGUCCAAGGGGGCGGGCCGGACUCACUUGUUCAAAGGACAUGAUUGAAGUGAAGUGAAACAAUAACUCUUCCAAGGCCCUCCCGAAAACAUUAAAUCCAUCAAUAGUGAAAGUUGACUCAUCACCAAAUGCAUCAAUGAUUACAAUUGUGGUAUCUCAUUUCCGUCUCCGUGUCGCAAGACCGUCACAAAUACAGUGGGAAAAUCAGAGGUAAAACUGUGUACUCAUUAGUAGCUAACUUUGUGUUCGGUUAAGAGCAACAAAAGAAUGUUUUUUUCUGCAUUUUUACUUUUUGCUUCCUGAGAUUAGAAGAUCACAUUGCAUUUAAAGUCCUCCAAAAUAGCCGCAAAGGAAAGAUUUAAAGGGGGCAUGAUGUGGAAAAUUGACUUGUCUUUUGUGUCAUUGUGUCAUGUUGAAAGGUUAUACAAAAGCAACAAGCUCUUAAGAAUGCCAGUAUUGAUGGUCAGAACUUGUAGCUGUGAGGCUGUGUCUUGAUCUGGACUGCUGUCUUGCCACUUUAACUGCUGACUGUUUGACCUUGAGUGUUCACUUCCUCACAUCGUGCCAUGGGGCAAAAGUGAAAAAAAAGUAUUAUCUUUAUUAUUCGCUAUCUCUCCACAUCACUUGACGCCGUCACGUUAGAUUACAGCAGACUUUCUUUCACGUUCUGUGCAUUUUUGAUUGCCGUCAGCUACUCUCAAAGGCGGAAGGUUCAAGUAGUUAAUAUUUUAGAAAGGAACCUGUUUCAUAGGUGAAUGCACGUGUGUGGUGACCCUCUGGAUUCAAGCAAAUUACACAAUCACAAUUGUCUGCAUUCAAAUACUGCUAUAAAAUAAUUUGCUCAUCUUUAUGGUGUCAUCACUUAUGCAAGUGAUGCUCGACUAUCUUGUCUGUUUGCAAGGCUAAAGGACAGUAGAUGUGAUUUCUAUCGUCAGUGUUUAAUAAUAUAGUCUGAAAAAACACAAAGUUCCUACAGUCACGGAGUGUUUGUCUCCCCAGGGCGCCAAUUGGGCUCCGUAAGAGCUGUUCAUAAUUUAACCAGGAGGGGGCAGCAAUGCACUAAAUGUCCACGGUCUUCCGGAAGUCAAGAAGAAGAAGACAGAGGACGUCAACAAACGCCCUUGCGACUGCUUGCGUCGUCUACGUCGGUUUUGUUGACAACCAUCUCGCAAGGAAACGUUUGAGAAAUCGUGUGAACGCAAUCUUACUCAGACGUCUCUCUUCCCUAAAUAUCUUGCAUCGACUCAAGGGAGAUAGUCACCGGUGAGCACGAUGGGGCGCAUCUUCUUGGACCACAUUGGAGGCAUUCGUCUGUUCUCCUGCGCCAACUGUGACACUAUUCUGACCAACAGAGCAGAACUAAUCUCCACUCGCUUCACUGGCGCUACUGGCCGGGCCUUUUUGUUCAACAAGGUUGUAAAUCUGCAGCACAGCGAGGUUCAAGACAGGGUCAUGCUGACGGGACGACACAUGGUGCGUGAUGUCUGCUGCAAAAACUGCAACAGCAAGCUGGGCUGGAUGUAUGAAUUUGCCACCGAGGAAAGCCAACGCUACAAGGAGGGUCGAGUCAUCCUGGAGAGGGCCUUGGUGAGGGAGAGCGAGGGCUUUGAGCAUGUGCCCGCAGACAAUUCGUGAGCGCACGGACGUUACUGUACAGCAAAGGAAGCUUUGCCUUUGACAGCAGCAUGCCGGCUGAGUCCCAAACAAUGGCAACAUAAAAUCACGGCUCGAAGGGGAGAUUCAAACCCAAGGAGGUGAACAUGAAAACACCGUCGCUUCCAUUUCUCUUCGGAAGGGUUUGAAUUUCAUCAUGACUGCGACGUUAUCGAGAGGGUGGGUCCGAAUGAAACAAACAGUGAUGUUUGGUGGUGUAUUAGCGCAUCAUACGCUUGGGCCACUUUAGACUGUUCAGUCUUAUUACGUGAGAUGAAGAAUGCAGAUGUUUUUUUUUUGUUUUUUUUUGCAAGAUGUUUAUUUCAUACUUAAAAUGACCAGUAUGUUGAUGCUCUCAAUGUUAAUUUCCACCUCAUGAUACUGUAAACGGUUGAUUACCGGAUAGAAUCAAUUUUGAUCUUUUUGCAUGACAUGCAGUUGAGUGGAUAUCAGAUAUAUAAAUGCCAUUUUGAUUCAUGCUACCUUUCAAGUUGAUGGAUUCAAUUUUGUUGAAUGGUAGCUUAGUAUUUAGAAGAAUAAAUAAUAAAAAAUAAUAAAGACAUACUUCUGGAGA